AUGAAAUUAUUACCGCAAAAAGUUAUACAUGCUCCGAUAAAAGUAGGAAGCCGCAGGAGAAUUUCACUCGUGCAUUGUUUGUGGAUUUUGUUGUACGAGUUUUGUCUCGUCGCGGAUGCGAGGAGCGGGAAGAUUAUCAAUGAAAAGCAUGUGCAUGCAGUCAAUAUCGAAGCUGUCGAGGGACGAAGUAUCUCCCUGCCAUGCCCAAUGUCAACAAAUAUACGUGAUGUUUAUAUGGUGCUGUGGUUUAGAGACACCGCUGGAAUUCCAUUGUACAGCUUCGACGUUCGUGAUAAGUCCUUUUCGAAACCGAAACAUUGGUCAGCGCCAGAAGUUUUCGGUCCACGUGCCAAAUAUAGCUUAGAAACGCAACCAGAAUCAUUAAUUAUUAAGGACAUUAAACGCCAUGAUCAGGGCAUUUAUCGUUGCCGCAUCGACUUUCGUACGAGUCAAACGCAAAGCUUUAGAUAUAAUUUAUCAGUAAUAAUUCUACCUGAGCAACCAAUUGUAUUAGAUAGAUGGGGCGUUCAAUUAAAUGGCACAAAGCUCGGGCCAAAACAGGAAGGAGAUGAUCUCAUGAUAACGUGUCGUGUGGUUGGAGGUCGACCCCAACCUCAAGUACAAUGGUUAAUUAAUGGCGACGUUAUCGACGACGAAUGCGAGCAAAAUUCCGGCGAUGUCAUUGAAAAUCGUCUCUUAUGGCCCUCCAUCGCUCGCAACGAUCUCAAUUCCGUGUUCACGUGUCAAGCCUUAAACACGCUGCUGGUUGAACCAAAGGAAACGAGUUUCGUUCUGGAUAUGAAUUUGAAACCCUUAACUGUGAACAUAAUGGAUCCGCCAAAUCGUUUAGUUGCUGAUCGUCGAUACGAAGUUACCUGCAUCAGUACUGGAUCUCGGCCAAAUGCCAUUAUAACUUGGUGGAAAGGAAAAAGACAAUUACGUAGAACAAAGGACGACAUUUUAAACAACACGACACGGAGUGAACUGAGCUUUGUCCCGACAACGGAGGACGAUGGCAAAUCGAUAACGUGCCGAGCGGAAAAUCCAACCGUAAAUGGACUUUUUAUGGAAACAUCAUGGAAAUUAGAUGUUGUUUAUCCGCCGCUCGUCACGCUGCGUCUCGGCUCGACUCUCUCCCCAGAUGACAUCAAGGAAGGCGACGACGUUUACUUCGAGUGUCAUGUGCAAGCGAAUCCGCAAUGGAGGAAGCUGUCAUGGUUACAUGACGGCGUUGUGUUGACACAUAAUACAACAGCGCGCAUCAUCCGGUCCAAUCAAAGUUUAGUGUUGCAGAAAAUAACGAAAAAUUCCGCCGGAAAUUACGCAUGCAGCGCAAUAAACCCCGAAGGAGAAACUGUGAGCAAUCAGUUGUCGUUGAGAGUGAAAUAUGCGCCUGUUUGUUCUGCCGAUCGUGUGAUUUUAAUUGGAGCUGCUAAAAACGAAAAUAUCGAGAUUCCUUGCGAAAUUCAUGCAGAUCCGCCUGCACGGACAUUUCGAUGGAAAUUCAAUAACUCGGGAGAAACGUUAGAUAUGAAUAGCGAUCGGUUUUCGAUAAAUGGGACAAAUAGCGUGCUCAAGUACACGCCGAUAACGGAUCAGGAUUACGGAACCCUUUCAUGUUGGGCUUCCAACGAAGUCGGUAUGCAAGUACAAGCGUGCGUUUUUCAAGUUGUUCUCGCAACACUCCCGUCUAUCGUGAGCAAUUGCACGCUUCACAAUCAAACGCAUCAAAUUGUCGAAAUUCAAUGCCUGCCUGGAUACGAUGGCGGAUUGCCGCAAGUCUUCGUGCUAGAAAUGCGUUCGAAGAAAACGAAUCGGAUCAGAUUCAAUUUCACGAAUUCUGAGGAGCCAUAUUUCAUGUUGGACACACUGGAUGCCAUCAAUGCACAAAUGACGAAUGAAAAUGACUCGCUUACGUCAAUUAUUUAUGCGAUGAAUCAAAAGGGCAGGAGUGCGGGUGCCUUGAUACGAGAAUUGAAGAUUGGAGAGUCGUUGAGACAAGAAGAUCCUCCGGAUUCCUUGGAGCUGUCGCCAAUACUAAUUGGAUCCGUGCUCACCGUCUUCAUUUUGUCAUUCUUCAUUUUCUUCAAAAUUUGUAUAGCUAGUCUUUUAAAGAAUUGCAAAGAGCAGCAACAGCAGGACAUAAAAAUAACACAACAAUCAUUAAUUUUAAGUAGUACUAAUAAUGGCAGUAGUAAUAAAGAGGAUGCUAUUAAGAUCAAUGGCAGUACGCAAAAGUCCCGAUGGCAACACUCAAACACCGAAAUAAAUAAUAAAACAAAAUCAAUAAUAGAUGUAGUCGAAGACGAACGAGAUCCUGAUGUGAUACCAUCACAAUAUUCAACAGUGGGUUCAACACCCACUCCAGAUCAUUAUGCGCCGCAACAGCAGCCCAAGCAAGGACAUCUACAAGGGCACAUUCAGAGUCCUUGUUCAAUAGAUGACAUCAAUAAACUUCAAUUGAACUCGUCGUCAGUGUAUUAUAACAACGUUUCGACACUUCCCAUGACGAACAGUUAUAGUAAUAGUAAUAGCAUAAAUAAUAGUAAUAAUUUGCAUCAUGUACAACACAAAAAUCUCCUGUAUCAAACGCUUGAUGGGCAAAUUAAUUCCAUCGCGACAACGUCGAAAGACUUUACGACACUUGUGACGACGAAUGCCCUUGCAAAUUCGUCGCCAGCUACCUCGCUCAUGUCCAUGUCGCUAUCAUCUACAGCGACGCUUCCCUCAAAUCAUCAUCAUCAUCCGACGUUAGGGGGCAGUGUGAUCGGCCCAAGCGGCGGAAUGUCAACGAGCGGGCAUAUUACCGUUGGCGGAAGUGAUCUAGACCUUAACAUAAAUGCGAUUAAAGAUCGUCUCAUGACGACUCGCGUACCCGAAAGCUGUGUUUAAACAAA